AUUACAUCAUGUAUUGGCUGUAAAUGUGUUUCGCAAACAAAACACUCAUUUGUUUUGACAUCUCUUGAGCUAUGGAUCAGACGAUUGACAUCACUGUCACCGAAGAGGACACAACACUUCCUCCACAACACUAUGAAUACUUGGAUCACACGGCGGACGUCCAAAUCCACGCCUGGGGCACGUCUUUGGCCGAAGCCUUUGAACAGUCGGCGGUCGCUAUGUUUGGAUACAUGACUGAAAUACAAACCGUGGACUCGACUGUAGACACGAUAGACAUCGAGUGCUCCGGACAUGACUUGCAUUCACUGUUUUAUCAAUUCUUAGACGAAUUCCUCUUUGGCUUCUCUGCCGAACCCUUCUUUAUAGCCCGGAAAGUGAAAAUCUUGUCGUUUGACAGAGAGUCCCAUACUAUCAAAGCCAGAGGUUAUGGCGAGACAUUCAAUCUCGAUAAACACCCACAGGGGACAGAAGUGAAAGCCAUAACGUUUUCAAAUAUGCAAAUCCACGAGAAAGUCGGCCGAAGCGAUGUCUACGUUAUCAUUGAUAUCUAGUUUUGGUUAUCAAAUGAUAUAUUUUUGUAAUAAUGUUUAAUUA